CUCCCCGAUCCCAGAAUGCACCGGGGAGAAAGCCCAGCCUUUCUGUUGGUCAGGAAGAUGGCAGCCUCUAGCGCACAGCCGCAAUUCCUGGUGCAGUACUUGGUGCUACGAAAGGAUCUAUCGCGGGCUCCGUUCUCUUGGCCAGCAGGCGCCUUGGUAGCGCAGGCCUGUCACGCAGCCACCGCAGCCUUGCAUAUUCACCGCGACCAUCCGCACACGGAAGCCUACCUCCGGGACCUGGGGCGCAUGCGCAAGGUGGUUCUCGAGGCCCCAGAUGAGAAUACCCUAAAGGAGCUGGCUGAGACCUUGCAACAGAAGAAUGUCGACCACAUGCUGUGGCUGGAGCAGCCAGAGAACAUAGCCACUUGCAUUGCACUCCGGCCCUACCCCAAGGAAGAAGUGAACCAGUAUUUGAAGAAGUUCCGAUUAUUCAAAUGACUACUGUUAUCAAUUGCUUUGCUCAGCUGGACCUAGAAACAGCAAGCAAUCAGCCCCUAAGCAUUAAUUAUGUACUUUAAAUAUCAAUUUGCUCUUCCAUUUAAGUUAUGACAUUUUCUUGAGAGUCAAGCACAUGUUCAUAUUAAAGUUGUCAUUAAUAAGUACUUCCUCUUUUGGUUCAGGCGGGGAAAGUAGGUGAGCAGCAAUAAGGUCUACAAGUCAUUGCUUAACUGGAAAAUUUGGUUAGACUUAUACAGGAGUCAACGAAACUCCCUUGCUCUCAGUGGGUCGUGCAUUGAGGUGACCUGUCAGUCCUUUAAACCUUGAUAUGACCCUGAAACUCAGCUGUGACCACCAAGUACACAAAUAAUGGAACAGGAAAGAUGCGCUCGAGGUUAUUUUUCUCCUAAGUAAUAACAAUACUUUUAAUUUUGUUCAUAAAUAAAUUCAUAUAUAGUUAAGAAGUG